AUGGCUGAAGAGGGUGGAGCUGCUCCCGGAGUUACUGAGGAAAAAGUUAUUCACACAUAUCCACUUAUUAGGCACUCUGACAUGUCGGAGGAGAUGCGAACGGAGGCGAUGGAGCUGUCCGUGACGGCGUGCGAGAAGUUCUCCCAGAACAACGAGCUGGCCGCGCGCAUGGUGAAGGAGUCGAUGGACAAGAAGUUCGGGCCCGCGUUCCACGUGGUGGUCGGCGAGAGCUACGGCUUCGAGAUCACUUACGAGUGCGCCAACAUCUGCUACAUGUACUUCGGCGGCAACCAGGCGGUCUGCAUAUGGAAGUGCUCU